AUGGACCAAAACAUCCCAUCGUGUCCCUUUUGCCCUUUCUCUGACAGUGAUACUAGCUUUUUGAUUCAACAUAUUGAACUGUGUCACCCGGAGAACGGUGCUUCACAAUCAUCCACUCUAGAGCAACAAACGGAAAAUAACAAUGACAAUGAAGCAUCAACUGAGUAUCUGGACUGCCCAUAUGCAUGUGGUGAAAUUGUCACAGCUACUGAGAUAUCCAUGCACCUGGAUUUCCAUGUUGCAGAGGACAUUGCCUUGAAUGACGAAAAUGUUCUUACGCCUCUCAAUGGUGACCUGAGUUCAGACCAGGAGGACCCCCUGGACCUACUGAACACACAAAAGAGUGGAAAGAGAGGGAAUGGCCGAGAUUUAGCCCGGGCAAAUACUUUCAAGCCAAGCAGAGCUCGAAGUCCCCCGCGGACGGUUGGUGCAGACGGUGUAAAACGACUCGGUCGCUCAGAACUGGGCCCCCAUGCACAUGAGAAGAAGAUGCCCUCGUGGCUCAGCAGAAUGCUAGAGAAAGGUGACCGCACAACAAAACAGACUCAAAUCACGGCUGACGGGAAAUUAACCCGACACACGAAAGUGGAAAAUGAGACUGAUCAUCUCAUUCCCGCCAUUGCUAAAUUGUGCGAGCAAGACAAGACUGUGAUGCGCGCUUUUCUCUGUAGCCCGAAAGUUCGCCAUGUCUGCAAAAUGUCUCGCGAGGGUGGGUUCUGCGGUUAUCGAAAUAUCCAGAUGCUUGUCUCCUAUAUCAGAAAAUCUCAGGCAUUGGGUCACGAACACUUUCAAAAUGGGGGCCCCUCUAUCAUCGAGUUGCAAGAUAUGAUUGAACGCGCCUGGGAUAUGGGAUUUAAUAGCAGCGGGAGGGCAGAGACUGGGGGCAUCAAAGGCACCCGAAAGUUUAUCGGAACUCCAGAAGCACAAGCACUCUUGCAAAGCCUCGAUAUACCAUGCCAUGCAAGCAGUUUUACAGAAAGUGCUCAUCUCCGUGGCUUCGACUCUCUUUUCAUGGAUGUGGCGGAGUAUUUCAAAUCAGCGUGCAAGCUGGACGAAGAGACCAAAGUCUUCAAGACUGAUCUACCUCCAAUAUAUUUCCAACAUCAAGGACAUUCCAUGACCAUAAUUGGAUUUGAGGUUCAUGACAAUGGUAGCGCUAAUCUUCUGGUGUUUGAUCCUAUGUUCAAAACAUCGCCUGCCAUGCUUCGUCUCAUCGAAACCUCUGCAAAGUCAGACAAUCCUGCUCGCUUACUCAAAGCAUAUCGAAGAGGUGUACCGUACCUACAGAAAUACAAGAUGUUUGAGCUUCUCAAGAUGCGGUCCUCUCCAAAUGUGAUUGUCACCGGUACCCCAGGAGUGGGCAAGACCGUGCACUGUGAGCAGCUGGCGCAGGAGCUCGGCUUGAAGCACCUGUCCGUGAACCAGAUCGCCAAAGAACGCGACUGCUAUGAGACUUUUGAUGAGGAGCGAAAAAGCUGGGUUGUAGACGAGGAUAAGCUAUUGGAUGCUAUUGAAGAUGAAAUACUCCAAGGCGGCUAUCUCAUCGAUUGGCACGCUUGCGACCUCUUCCCCAAGUCCUGGAUUGACCUCGUCGUAGUCAUUCGCUGUCAUUCAACGGCCAUUCACUACGAUCGCCUUGCUUCUAGGGGCUACCACGAAGAAAAAUUACAGGAGAAUUUGGAUGCGGAGAUCUUCGGUGUCCUCAUCGAGGAGGCUCGUGAGGCAUUUGACGAGGAGAUUGUCGUGGAAUUGAAUAGUGAAAAGGACGAGGAUGUUGAAAGUAAUUGUGCCAGGAUUACAGCUUGGGUUGAAUCGUGGAACAAGCAACAUUCCGGGGAAUAA